AUGGAUAACGAUGAUCGUAUUUCUCAUUUAAAUAAUUCACUAUCAUAUAAACCGAUGAAUAUACAAAACACUUCAUAUCAACCAAUAUCUACCUUGAAAAAUAAACAAGAUUCUAAUUUCUUGAAUCUAUUAAACAAAAAUCCUAGAAAAUCAAUCAUACCAUUAUCUCAUUUACUCACGAAAUCAUACAAGAUAUUUGGAAUCGAUAAUGAAUCUGAUAAUUCAUUGAAUAAAAAUUAUUCAUUAGUAGAAACUGUUGAUGAAAAUAGUUUCGAUAUAUUUAUCCUUCAAAAUUUUACACCAUUUUCCGGUGAACAAGAUGUUAAUCAAUGGUUGAGUGAAACCAAAAGGAAAUUUAAUCGACUUUUAAUUCCAAGGAAUUUACGUUUCACGGCAAUUCCAUUAUUAGUGGAAGGACCCGCAAAAAAGGUUUACAUACUAAAUCGACGAAACAUUCAAUCCUAUGAAGACUUUUACGAAAUAUUAUUAUUACACUUCGAUAAAACCGUUAUUCCAUCAACAUUGAUUAGUCAACAGGAUAGUGUUUUUUCGCAAUCCAAUUUAUUUCAUCAUGUUAAAUCGUCAGAAGACGAAACUUUACAAACUAUGAUGCUAUUUGAAACUAUAAAUGUUUCAGAAAAACCAUCAACACAUCAUUCUACUGUAUUAGUUGAUUCCGGUGCCGCCACUUCGAGUGGCGAGAUACCAGUCUCACAAUCAACAGUAACUAAUGAUAAUAUUAAUAAUAAUUUAAACCUUGAUGAAACAACAAAUAUAUUUCCUACAGUUCUACUCCAAACAUUAGCAAAAGAUCCUAACACAUUAAAGGAUAACAACAGUGAUAUCCAAAAAUUAGUCCCAGGAACUGCAUAUCAUUCAGAUAUGACCUAUGUUCCUCAUUUUAAUCGAUUAGAUUCUAUUCCUUAUUUAUUACGAUUAGACAUGACUCAAUGGUAUAAGCAUAACAAAAUAAUGCCAACGUCAUGGGACGUUUUCGUAUAUAAAAAGAGGAAAAAAGCUAAACGUUUAUCCACAAAUGUUUAUGGGAAAAAUAGUUAUGCAGAAGGCCUUAGUAUUCGCCGAUACUAA